AGUAACGUAUGCAAAAUACGUACCGGUAGAUCGAACGCGAGUAUUAAUAUGCGAUUACAUAACAAAACCUUUUUCUAUGUUUGUUUCGGUAAGGUAAGUAAAUAAAUAACGCACGAUUGGCGCGUAAGCUUUCACGCUAGUCGAAAAAAAAAAAACGUCGAAUUUAAGACAAACGUGGAUUAUAUAAUAACUAUUGUAUCAACAUUGAUGUGUCAAUCCGUGCAAAAACAGUCAUUCUGAUUAAACGCGAGAAAAUUUUGGCGCGUGUUUUUUUUUUCGCGAUUUCGUGACGUGACAAAAGAUUUAAUUGCCAUUCGAAAUAAACAUCGAUACGUGAGACAGCAGUUACAUAACAGGCAAAAAUCCUAAUAUUUCUCUUGUUUAUCUUGCACUAAUAAUAGCUCUAUAAUAUCUAAACUACACGAUCUACUUGUUCAAGCGACACGAAGGUCAAAGUGAUAUCGUAUAAUCAGGGUAUUGAUAUCAAAUGAAAAUCAAGGACAGACCUAAACUCGAAUGAUAAGAAUUGGCGAGCGGCUAACGCGUGCAUGAAUAGUGAAUGCAGAUGUGAUUUUAAUAUGAAACACGUCUUUCAAGCCUCGUCUGCGAACGUGCCUAGCAUGUUCGACGUUAAAACUCAAUCCUCAUCUUACGCUGCUUUGGUCGUUUUUGAGCAAAAGAAAAACACCGCGAUAAGCCUUCCUUGUUUUUAGGAUCAUUGUUUUGGGGACCAUUGUUUUAGCUCUUGACAAGCUCUUGCACGUUGAAUAGAACAAGAAACAUCUUCUACCUUGAAGAGUCUUAAUGCCGAUUAAAUUAUUCUGCCGUACAUAAAUGGUUUAAUACACGUCACACGUAGCCUUAGGAGUUUCCUAAUAAAGCCACUAAUAGCCUGAGAUUCUCAAAACUAUUGGACACAAGUCGAUAUAUCAAUUCUUGCCGCGUGAGAUUACACUACAGUCUUAGGCUUUACGAGGAAAAUCAGCAUAUUGUCAACGGUAUCGACGCUAAUAUAAUACGCUUCCGAGUUCUCAGCUCUAUAAACUACGCUGUAUGCGCAGCUGCUGAGUUCGUGUCUGGCAUGCAAGUCCUUCUUGCGAUUUGAAUUAAUUCACGACACUCGCUUAUUGUUAAGCCACGAUUGUGUCAUCUCGAUCGCGCAGUCAUUUAUGCACGUAAAAUGGCGAUGCAAUAGUCAAGUCGGUUAAUAUCAAGAAGAGUAAAUAAAGAUCGCGAAAAAGUAUCGAUAAAUAUUCUUUCUGUCUCGAUAAUACCUCAAUAAUUUGACAUAUUAUAUUAAAUGUACAUUUUUUAGGAAAAUUGAGUGACAGUUGUUUGCUAUUUGAAAAAUUACUAAAUUGCCUCCAAUUAUAUUAAUUCGGGAAAUACAUAAAUAUGCAUCAGACUUAUAUUUACAAGUCAAGAAUAAUAUUUAGAGAUAUCGCGCUCUUCUAUUCUGCUUUAAUUAAAAUUUUAAAAAUUUUCAUUCAAGCUACUUGAAUGUUAUAAAGAUAUUUCUCACACUGAACGUUGAAACAAUGUCAAUAGAAAUUGUGUGCAAUGAAAUUUUCGCUAGGAACUCCGGAUUAGUCAAUGAACCCGAAGAUGGAAGAAAGUGUGGGAAAUCUGGAACAAAUCCACGUGCGUAAAGUUAAAUAAUACUACGCAUUCAGCAGAGAGCAAAUCAAUGUAUCUUUCGUGGGAUGAGAACCUGGAAGAUAAUUUAACGAACCGAACAGCUUCCGCAUUAGGAACGCAUUUGCAUACGCGUGGUAUAGAAACGUGAUUAAGCCUAUUGGCGAGAAAUAAUCAUCAACAGCCACAACGCAUGAUUAUGUGAUUAUUGACCGAUUAUGACAUAAUAAUGUUCAGAAAAAAGAAGAGACACGCAUUACCUCAAGUUUUCCCUGUCUUUUUUCGUCCGUCUCAUUCAACUUCCUCGUAUAUUACGAGUGCCUUCUAGUAACUUAUUAAUUAUUUUUAAAUUCAUCAGUUUAAAAAGGGAUUCAUCUAUAACAGACUUUUAUUCUCUUAUUAUUUAGUUUCGAAUAAUAGAACGAAAAGCAUGCUACGUAACGAUUCCCUGAAAAUACAUCGAAUUGAUGGAUCCUCGCAAAUAUAGGGAUAUAGGUCAUGGAUAUCCCGAGUGAUUUUUGAUGUUCAAACUUACGGUACCUUCAAUAUUGGUCAGAUAUAGAUAUAUAACUGGAAGAGAUAUAAAAUAAAAGGCUGAGUAAUAUUCCUAAUGUAAUCAUAUACGAUAAUUACAAAAUUAUUUGAACACUUCUACACGGCGUAUUAAUCACUUGCGUUUUUACUAAUUAUUUUUUCUCCUAGUUAGGUAAUAUUUUUACACACAUCGUAAUAUACCAAUACUUUGGAAGAUGUUUAGGUUAGUAACGAAAAAAAAGGAAUAUCCAUAAAGUGGAAGUAAAUAAGAGAUCUUUAUUCGCAAACAAUUUCCAAAAAUAAAUUUGUGUUACUGCCAGAAAUAAAACGUCACGUAACGUUGCAUUCGUAACUGUGUCGUCGCAGUCACGGAGUCAUUCGAGCAAUUAUACAGGGCACUGAAGUAAUUGAAUGUCUCAAUACGACGAACUAUAAAAGUCUUGAAUGACUAUUAUCUUUCGACAUUUAUUCGCUAAUCGUCGAAAGGAAAAACGUAAACAACCGAACGUUAUCUACGAUGAUAAGUAUCGGAGCCAAGAAUUACAGUGACGUGUGCAGAUAGCGUGACAUUAACAAAAUUGCAAUUGCAAAUUCUAGAAAAGUUCACGCACUUUAGGGGUAAUUUAGUCACGGACGAACUCGUUGACAUCGUUUCUGCAACAUUUAUCUUUAACACUCAAAGUUUCUCGUGUCGCGGAGUGCACUAUAAAUAGGUAAUGCACACGCUCUUCGGCCGCGAUAGUCGAUUAAUCUCAGCCAGAAAGGCUCCAAUUGAGUUUCUAUCGGUUUACUUGCAUCCAUGUAAGUGCAAAAUAACGACGUUCGCGUUCUGCUUUCUGUACUCACACUGAUCGUAUAUCGAGCGCCACGUCAUUUAUUCGUCGACAAAAAUCGAGCCGUUAUGAUCUGUUUUCCCCGAUGUCGUUGCAUUUCGCAGUUGCAUGUUACGCGCUACAGGCGAUAAGGAAAACGAUUGGCUUAUCUACGAAUUGAAUUUACAUGAACGAGUCAUAUAGCCGGCGAGGAGCCUACCGACAGUUCUCUCCCUACUAUGAUAUAAAAUAGCGACGCUUCACAACGUAAUGACAGUUAAUGCCGGAACAUUUACGCGAGCGAACGUUACGAAGUAAAAAAACGCAUAUACGUCCUUAUCGAUAAAACACAAAGCUGACUGUAACCGAGUUAACGAUAAGGUGAUUUUUGCUUUCGACUGGAGAUCGGUGCCACGAGGAUAUCUACGCGAUAACAUUUAAAGCUUUAUAAAGUUAGCCCCGAGAUACAUGACAUUGGUGACUUAAACAACAUCCAAUCUACGUAAAAGAAGACUUAACCCCAGUUUCCAAGAAAUCCCGUAGCAAAUACGUACAAUGAAAACUCAAACAUCGCUCGACAUGCUUCCUGUUAAAAAUCUGGAUGCAUUGUUAAUGCAAACGUAUGGCCCGAAUUUUCGAAUAUACGAUGUGGAAUGGAGUCAUUUAACAGAUCCGGGAGAAAAUUUUGGUAGUAUAAUACUGGCCGUUAAUAUCAACGCCGAGAAUGAUAAGCAGCGAACUCUAAAUGUGGUUGUCAAAUUGCCGCCGAAAUCGGCGUAUUUGAUAGAAUUGUUCGACAGCCCGGCAUCGUUUAAGAAGGAACUGGAAUUUUACAGCAUGGUGGCACCGGAAUUUCUAAAGUUGCAAAACGAAAGCGGGAUCUCUCGGGAGGCCCUAAGCGUCAUCGUGCCGCAAUAUUUAGGUGGCAGAUUAGGUUUACGAGAUCCGCAGUGUUUCGACGAGCAUGCUGCCAUCGUUUUAGAAAAUCUGAAGAGUCACAAUUACAUAACGCAAGACCGCAUCGUAGGUCUGGACAAGGUGCACAUGGAUUUCGCGAUCAGCCAUUUAGCCAAGCUGCAUGCUAUAACGAUCGGUCUGAAGCUCAAGAAACCCGAAUUCUUCAAGAAAACGGUGCUACCCGUUUUGGAGUUCGACGUAAAUGAGGCCGCGAUAAAAGGGACGACAGAUAUGAUACAGAAGGCGCACAACGAUUAUAAAAGUAUAAGGGAAGCGGAAGGUUAUCUGGACAGAAUCGAGAAGACAAUCGAAUAUGGAUUUGCAUACAACGUAACGCCGGAAGAACCGUGGGCGACGCUGGUGCACAACGAUUUCUGGGUGAAUAACAUGAUGUUCCAGUACGACGAGUCAGACAAGCCGAUCAAUAUGAAAAUUGUGGACUUCCAAUUGACGGUCUACAACUACGGUGUGAACGAUCUUAUAUUUUUCCUUGUAUCGAGUGCCCAGAAGGAAGUGCUCGAUAAUUAUCUCGACGAUAUGAUCGACUUUUAUUACGACUCCUUCAUAGAGAGCUUGAAGUCGCUAAGUGUAGACACAAAGGCAUUUCCCAAAGGUCAAUUUAUGGAGCAAUUGAAUAAAUGCGCGCCCGUCAAAUUUAAUCAGUGCAUCAUGAUGGUGCAAGUAAUACAAGCGGCGCGUGGUACUGUUUCGGAAACGGCGAAUGAAUCGGCUAACGAAUGCGUUUUCGCAGGUGGGAUCGAUGAUGAUAAUUACAAGCAAAAAAUGUUGCACGUCUUGUCUACAUUUGAUCGAAAGGGAUGGCUCGUGAAUUGAUUACGUAAACCUUUAUCCGUAACAAAUCAAUCCUUUGGAAAAAAAGAGAAGAAUCUUUGUUGGAAAAAAGAUUCUUCUCAUUUCUUUAUAUGUAUAAAUAAUUACUACAAAGAAAAUAUUGAUAGGUAGCUUUACCGAUAGGAUCGUUAAAAUUUUAUGUGAACAUGACAAAAGUUCUCAGACAAUAUUAGAUAAUAUCAAAUGAAGACAAUAUUAGAUAAUAUUAUAUAAUAAGAACCAAAGUUAAUGAAGGAUAAUUAAUUUUAUUAAAUCAAUAAUUGUUAAAUAAGACGAAUGAAUCAAUUCUGAGCAGAAUCGUAAGGUUCGUAACUUGUAAGACUUUCUCGUAAGACUUGUAAGAACUAAUGAUUAGAAUAAUAUAUUCUGUGCUGUAAGACGUAUACUUCAUAAAUAUGAUUUCUCGUAAAUCUUACGGCUAGCAAAAAGCUAUAAAAAUGAUAUUGCACAAAGUUAUAAGCAUUCAGUCAUAAAUUCUUACAAGUCUUACGAGAACAAGUCUUAAAUUCUGCUUAGAAUUGGCCCAUAAAUCUUAUGAAAUACUAACAAUAUGAAAUUUAUCUGUCACAACGUGACUGGUAUUUUUAAAGACAUUUUUAAAGACAUUUUUAAAUAUUAUUUAAUAAUAUAAAUUUUAUAAUUUUUAAACCAUAUUUUUAAAGACAUAACAAACAAGUAGUUUUUAGUGUAAAUAGUACACACACAAUGUACGUAGGCUCUUAAUUUAAUUUUCUAACAUGAGAACGUUAUCAACGUUUAUAUUUCUCGUGUUUGUAAAAAUAUUUAUAUUCUUAAUAAUAAUAAGUUCCAUAUGCAUCACUUACGAAACAAAGUAGAGAAAUUAAUGAUUUUUGUGUAAAUAUUGUAAAUUACAAAGCAAUGUUUUAUGAGUACAAACAUGACUAUCAAUAAAUAAAAUUUAUAAUAUGUACAAUGAAA